AUGUACGUUCUUCCCCUCCACCGACCUCCUGCAUCCUUUCCUACGCUCCUCAUCAUCAUCGCGAACACCUUCAAGCCCGCGCACAGCAAUGCCUUCUCCCGCCUCUUCUCACCGCGCGCCGCCUCCACCGCGAUCCGCCCCGUACCCUCCCAUGCGCAGAUCACCGUCGAAUGCCUCGACGCCUGGAUUAGCGCCGGCACCAGGUCCGGCCCCUGCACCCAUCUGCGCGUGACCGAACCCCGGAUAGACGUUACCUGGACAUGGGCCGACGGCUCUGGCCCUCUCCACGCCGCCGCCCGCGCCGAGCAUGCGGCAGAGCAACCUAAAGACCCAGGACGGUCCGGCGCGAUGAACGCUCAAGCCGGCGCGCUCAAACAGUAUCGCGAGCAUGGCGAGCUUCUGUAUUCGAUGCGGGAUUGGGCCGCGUCGAUGUGGCACCUCGUCACCAACUCGAACGAUGCACCGGAAGGCGCGGAACUUAGCAAACGCGAUAAGCUCCUCGGGACAUCGCCGCCUGGCGCGCCGCCCACCUUCGACAGCAUGCCGGUCGAACCUCAGCUCGCCUUCCACACCCUCUCCGACCCGGUCCUCCGCACGCAACCCGAGCUGCUCCGCGGUUCGGCGCCCGCGAGCGCCAAUACCUCGCCCACUUCUCCCGCGCGGUCAACCUCAUGGUCCUCGCCGCGGCCGCGCACCUGGAUGCUUUUUCGGGGUGGUCGGGGUUUUUUACGCACCGACGAGGAGCCGGACAUCGACCAGUGA